AUGUCAGUGGAUCCUCCAGAAAACAUAAAGAUCAUCGAUCCAGGUCAUCUGGGUUACUUGAACAUUGAGUGGAGUCAACCAAGCAGCUUGAAUAACCUCUCAAACUGUAACAUUCGCUACCAGCUCCGCUUUUAUGACACAUAUACAGAGAGAUGGAAGGGUGUGCAGACGAACAAGCUAUUCUAUGCAGCCCAGUUUAACCUGGAGAAACCCAUCCGGGUGAGAAUGCUCACCCUGCUUAAGGGUUUGUGCACCAAUGGGACAAACAUUCUUGGAAAAGAAGUCGAACUUGUGCACACAUUUGAACCCAAAGGUUUAGCUGGCUCAAGAAUAAGGGAUUUCAACUGCGUUUAUUUUAACAAAGAGUACAUGGAGUGCAAAUGGGAGCCUGGAAGUGCUGAGACUGCCAACUCAAAAUAUUACCUCUAUUACUGGCACAGGGAAAUGCAGGAAACAAAGGAAUGUCCAGAGUACGUCCCAUCUCUUGGGCACCGUAAAGGAUGUAGAUUCCCUCGAACAUCUCUUUUGGAUUUUUCAGAGUUUAACAUUUGUGUGAAUGGCUCUUCUGAGGUUGGAGAUUUACAGCCGGCCUUCUUCUCCCUGUCAAUCCAAAACCAUGUCAAACCUGGGGCAGUGUCUAAUUUGCAUAUGACUCAUAAUGACACCCUGGUGCAUGUUAAGUGGGACCCACCAUCAGGUCCCAUUCCAGAGCAAUGUCUGGAGUAUGAGCUUGAAAUAACCACAGUGAACCACAAUGGCAGCAGGCAACAGGUGGAACAACAGAAACGAACAGAAGCAUAUUUUCUGUGCUUUGUACCAGGAAAAGGUCCAGAAGGUGAUCCCUCCUAUAUUCAGCCCUAUGAUUUAAAUGCUAAUUUCUCAGCCAUCUGCAGCUUGUUCAAGUACAAAGCCACUGUCAGUUUCCAGCCAAUCUGUUUACAGUACUGA